CCAUGCUCCCCGCGGAGACCCGCUGGUGUUCGAACCCUGACUGGGAGCUCCUAGCAUUUCUUCUGUCCCUCACUUCCAGCUCUUUGAGACCUGAGUUGUAGACCCUUUCUGUGGUCCUAGAGAACGGAAGUGGGGAUUGUCUUUGAUCUUUGAUUUUGACAGUGAGAAUCUGGAUGGCUUCUACACGGAUCCGAGAGGCCAAGGAGAGAGAUUGUGGAGACAUUCUGAGGAUGAUACGGGAACUGGCUGAGUAUGAGAAACUGUCCCAUCAGGUGAAGAUCAGUGAAGAAGCUCUGAGAGCAGAUGGCUUUGGAGAGAGCCCUUCCUUUCACUGUUUGGUGGCAGAGGUUAUUCCAGCACCUGGGGAGCUCCAAGGGCCCCUUGUGGUGGGCUUCGGGCUCUACUACUUCAUCUACAGCACAUGGAAGGGACGCAACAUUUAUUUGGAAGACAUCUAUGUGAUGCCACAAUACCGGGGUCAAGGGAUUGGAACCAAAAUAAUCAAAAAGGUGGCUGAGGUUGCCCUGCAUAAGGGGUGCUCCCAGCUCCGCCUGGCAGUUCUGGAUUGGAACAAGAAGGCCAUGGACUUGUACAAGUCUCUAGACGCUCAAGACCUGACUGAACUGGAAGGCUGGCACUCCUUUCGAUUUGAAGAAGCGGCAAUGAGGAAGUUGGCAGGGUGGUGACAACAUCCCCUGAAGGAGUUUUCUCUACAACAUCCCUGAGACUCCUUUCACAGACCCUGCCCCAGACAGACUAACCCAGAGUCCUCCCGGGUGCACAGAGGGUGUUGUUACGAAUGAAAAAUAAAAUAGUUUGUCCU